AUGUAAAUGGAGGAAGAAAUGGUCGUGAAGAAGGAAUCUUAAGUAGAGGAUAUAGUAAGGAAAAAGGUGAGAACUUAAGAUGAUAAUCUUGGCGAUUAUAUUCCAUUAUAAUAACAACAAGAGGCCUAGAUAUCAUAAUCGACUCAUCUGAGGAAAAGAGUUAUAAAACCACUGACAGAAAGAGAACGAAAAGCGUUGCCUAUAUAUAAUGUGAGUAACAAAAUUCUGGAAGAAAUGCAGAAUAAUUAAGUCAUUGUGAUUACAGGAGGGACAGGUUGUGGUAAAUCAACCUAAGUGCCACAGAUGAUUUUGAGGCAUCAUACAAACACAGAAUUCGAAACACCAAAAACAGUGAAUAUUCUAUGUACUCAACCAAGAAGAUUGGCUGCUAAAUCAUUGGCCAAAAGAGUGGCAUAGGAGUUAGAUUGUUAAUUAGGCACUCUUGUUGGCUAUUAGGUUGGGAUGGAUUCACAAAUAAGUUCUAGACAAACCUAAAUCUAAUUUGUAACCACAGGAAUAUUUCUAUAAAAAUUAGUGCAUGACAGAGAACAAGUCUUGAAAGAUUAUACUCACAUUAUAAUGGAUGAAGUCCAUGAAAGAGACAUUGACAUAGACUUUUGUCUAAUCAUAAUCAAAAAUCUAUUGAAGCAUUUUCCAGAAACUAAAUUGAUUUUGAUGUCUGCAACUAUCUGCAGUGAUAAAUUUGCUAACUAUUUUUCCAAAAAAUCACUUAAUUUGGUUGAUGAUCUAACAUAUAUACAAAGAGUAGAUAGAAAGUACAAGUUUACAGAUAUGACAUAAGAAAAUGAUGUAGAAAUAUCCAUCAAAUUUGAAGGGGAAGAAGAUCAUGACAUUUCCACGCAAUGGGGUCAACCAUGGAAAGAAAUCGAGAGAUAAGUUCAAUUAACCUAAGAAUAGAGAGAAUUAGAGUAGAAGUAGAAUGAAUUAAGAGAAUUAGGAUAGCAUUUCUUGGAUGGAGAUGAAGACCAAGCUGCACCUAUUAUUAAAGUCCCUAUGUCUUAGAAAUACCCUAUUGAAACUUAUUAUAUGGAAGAAAUACAUUCAUAUUUCAAUGAUGCUGACACUGCGAAAUUAGAACUCCAUCAACCUUUAAGAUUUCAAACCUCAUUAUACUUUUAAGAUACUCCUAAGGUUCAAUAGGAUAGUGUCUAAGCCAUGUUAUAAAUACUAGAAUUCUUAGACUCCAAUAAAAUUAAAGAUACUAUAGGCAUGUAAGGAGCUGGGGCUAUCUUGAUUUUCCUUCCUGGAUAUUAAGAAAUCAUGGAUAUUAGAGAAGAGAUCUAUCAAAAAUUUGGGGAAGAGAGAUUCAUCAUUAUCAUACUACAUAGCACUGUCACUAUCCCUAAAGAGUUUGAUGAGACUCACAAGAGAAAAAGAAGAUUAAUAUUAAGCACAAAUGUGGCUGAAAGUAGUAUUACUGUUCCGGAUUGUAGAUUUGUUAUUGAUUUCUGUUUAACCAAAGAAAUUAUAUACAAUCCUAAGAAUCUAACAGAAAAGUUAGCAUUGUAAUACUGUUCUAAAGCAUCUGCUGAUCAAAGAAAGGGAAGGACUGGACGUUUAUUCCCUGGAACUUGUUUUCGUUUGAUACCUUAAACCAUAUUUAAAAAUAAAAUGACACAAUAUUCUGUUUGUGAGAUGUUGAGAUGUCCCUUAGAAAUUAUUAUAUUGAGACUGAAGAAAUUAUAUCAACUAUCCAUGGAAAAUGAAAAUAAAACUGAGAAAUUAGAACUUAAUACAAUUGUUGAUUUAAAGUAGGUUUUCAAUGAUCCCAGUCGCACUCUUAAAACUGCUAUUGACCCUCCAAGCACUAAAUAAAUUGAGAAUGCCAUCUCCAAUCUCUAAAUGUUAGGGGCUCUCUCUUAUCCAAACUCUCAAGAUUCAACCAUCCAUAUAACUAGGUUGGGAUAAAUGAUGGGUGAUAUGCCCAUUGAUAUCUUCUUAACAAGAUUCAUUAUGUAUUGUAACAUAAUUGGAUGUGCAUAUGAAGGAGUCACCAUAGCAGCCAUAUUGAGUUAAAGGAAGAAUUACUUUUUACAUCAUUUUAUGAGAUCUUAAAAGUUGUUCUUCAAUUCCUUAUAUCUCUAUGACAAAGGCAAUGAGGAUGAUCUACUUAUACAAUUAAGAGUUUAUUAGGAAUGGGAAAUUAAGUUUUUUAAUAUUCUUAAAUCAACAAUCACUCAACAUGAUUUAAAGAGGGAAUUAAAGAGAUUUACAAAUAAAAAUAUAGGACCUUUAGAAAAAUUAUAUUGUGAUUAGAGAUCUAUUGAUCCAAAGAACAUGAGAGAAAUAUUAAAUGUGAAAUAUGAAUUAUUCAUGAGAUUAGAUCAGUAAUUUAAGAAUGAGCCUCUCGAUUUGAAUAAUCCAGAAAACUAACUUAAAGUUAAGAGUGCCUUUUGUGCUGCUUUUAAAUAAAAUACAUUAAGAUUAUCAAAAGAUGAGAGAUUUGAUAAAAAAAUAAAGUAUUUGAAAGAUUAAGGAUUUGAUUACACCCGUACAAUAAUGUUAGAGAGUGAUAAUAUUAAAUUUGAUGGAGUAAAUAUUUAGAAUAAAGAGAUGAUAAAGGAGAAGAUUGCUAUGAUAAUGGAAUAAUUUUGUGAUUUCCAUUAAUUAGAUAGAAAUUAAAAAAGGUUAGAUGACCAAUUGAAAGACAUAUUGGCAUAUCAUGAUGAAUAGGCUUAGGGUAGAUAGGGAUUACCCAGAUUUCAUUUCAGAUCGGAUUUGUAAUUGCUAACAGAAAUAAAGGCAAAAUCAAAAUUUACUAAGAGUUGGGUUUAAAGUGUUGUUCUAUUAAAUAAUACAAUAAUAAUAGAAUUCAAAGAGGUGGACUUGACUAAACUGAAAUAUGUAUUAAAAAGACUUAUGCAUGAAUGUGAAUUAAUGAAAAGAUAAUAAAGUAGAAAAUAGCCUUAAAAGAUCCCUUGGGAAACUUUCACAACAAGCAAUUAAGUUGAUAUCAUUAAUUUCAUAGAAACAACUUAAUCUUUGAUAUUCUACGGAUGUUAUUGUAGAUUGAUUCAUUUGCAUAAAGAAAUUAAUUGUGAUCCUGACAGCAUAAAUUUUAUCUCAUUGGACUAAAAUAAAGUCUUAGUAGCUUAUGAAGUUCAAGAGAAGGAUUCAAAUAAAAGAAAUUCCACAAGACAAGUGAUUUCGAUAGAUUAAAAUAAGUAUUUGUUAUGGUCAUAAAUAUUGGCUAUGCUAUUUGGAGUACAGGUGAAACUCUUUCAUAAUAACACUAAGACACACUUUAUAAAGGCAAAGGUUGAUGACAGAGACUACUAAUUUGAUUAUUUUAUUACAGAGGAUGAUUUGUAAACCAUUAAUUCAAUAAGACAAUAAAUAAAAUUAUAGAUUUUAGAAUAGAGUUAUACAGAUAGCGGAAUUUGGUAAAAGAUAAGAUAGUUGGAUAAGGUGAGAUAGAAAAUAUUAUAUACUUCAGAAGAAAGAUGGAAAUAAUUAUUUGAUAUUGAAUUGAAAGAUGAAAUCCUAUCAUUUUAAGAAUCAAGUGAAAAUAAGUAGAAAAGAAAGAGAAUCUAACACUUUGAAUUGGAAGAACAGAAGGCUGAUAGUUUAGAUUAUAUGAAUCCCAUCUAAAUCAUAAGAACAGAUUAUGAUUCUGAAGUACCUAAGCAAUUUGAUAAUGAGGGAAUUAAAAUAUAUGUUCAAAUUCAAUAAUUAUACCAGACUUGGAAAUAAAACAUAGUCAAUACAAUAAAGAAGUAGAAUUUCUUUUUAAGAAUGGGUAACACCACUCAGAUUUGUUGUUUGGAAUGCAAUGAUUAUAUGACUGUUGGUAGAACAAAUGGACUAUCAUAUAUAUCAGAAGAUCCAGAUAUUAGACGAUAAUUAGAUAAUGAUUCCUUGGACUGGGCUAAGAGGAUGGUCAUGAUUUUGGAUGUAAGUUCUUUUGGUGAUUAUUUCAAUAUCUCAAUGAAGGUGGAUUAAAUUAAGGAGUUUCUGUCAGAUCAAAGAAUUUAGAGCAUCUUUGAAAAACUCAAACUAAUUUUUGAACCAAUCAAUUAUGUGUUCAUAACCUGUAAUUCUGGUAAACACAUUGUUGGCUUCUAUCCUAAGAUUAAGCAAUUUAAAGAAAUAGUGCAAAUAGGAGAUAUUUAGAAAUUUUACAUAAUCGAUUAAAAAUUGAAAUUAGUUUAUACAAGUAUGGAAGAGGAGAAAUUUAUAUUUCGAAAGUUAACUAUUGAUGAGAUUAAAAAGAAAGAAAAUUUGGCUGUUUAAUAGCGAAAAUUGUAGAAUUUGAAGUUUACAUGCAAAUGUUGCUAUGUAGAAUAAAGAUAUGAUGAAAAGGGAUAUUUUGAAGGUAAUGAAUAAGCUUACAAUCAACAUAUUAAAUAAGAAAGCCAUAAGAAAGCAUUUGAGGAGUUAUAGUUUACGAUUUUAUGAUGAAUUAUUUCAUACAUUUUAGUUUCUAAAUACA